CUUGCUCAUUCAUAGCUGAGGGAAGUCCUGGCGUUGAGCCACAGCGUAUCAGCUCAUCUCAGUCUGGGCUUAGUGACCCGAUCCAAACGGGGCGCAGAACCUUUCUCCCACGGUCUGCAUGGGCCACAGUAACUCAUCACAUCUGAAUCAGACCUUCCAAAGCCGGAGUUUGAGAUGCUGCUGCUGGGAAGUCUGAGCAGAGGACUGGGGCUCUGGCUGCUGUUGUUAGCUCUGAUUCAUGAAGCCACCGGGCAGAGGAGGAAAUCAUCAUGGAGGAAAAACUACACGCCGCGUGAUGAUGGAAACGAAGUUCUCAGCGUUAGCCGCAGGAAUACUGGCCGAUCGUGCUCUCUGGCGGUGGUGUUUAUCCUGGACAGCUCUGAGAUGACUAAACAGGACCUGUUUCAGCAGCAAAAGGCCUUCGUGUUGGGGUUCAGCACCCGCCUCACCUUGCUCCAGGUGUCUGGCUGGGUGCUAAAGGUGCAAAUGGCCGCACUGCAGUUCAGCGACUCCGUGUCCAUCAGUCACAGGUUCAUAGACUGGAAAGAUGUGAAUUCAUUCCACAGUGAGGUCAGCGGCAUGAACUACGUCGGCCAGGGCGCUGACCCCACCCUCGCCAUCUACAGCGCCUCACAGCUCCUGCUGAGGGAGACACCAAAGGACAGCGUCCGGAUUGUUGUGUUGAUGACUGACGGGUUCAGCUUCCCAGAGAGUCUCACCAUGAUGGAAGCUGCAGCAGAGGCCAAAGAUCAAGGCAUCAAGUUCUUCACCAUUGGUUUGUCUGAUGUCUCUCAGCAGAAAGAGAAUGCUGAAAACCUCCGGGCCGUCUCCAGCACGCCUGCUCAGCAGUUUGUCCAAAAUCUUCAGAACCCUCAACUAGUAGAGACCAUGCUGAGGGAGAUGGGAGCUGUUGCACUUCAAGGGUGUACUCAGAUCUAUGCAUGCUUCUGUGAGAAAGGAGCGAGAGGCCCUCCAGGAAGUCCUGGCAAUCCUGGAUUUGACGGUCUACCUGGAAGCGACGGCCCACAGGGGCCUCCUGGUUCUAAAGGCAACAAAGGACAACAAGGAAAGUGUGGCAUUCCUGGAGAAAUGGGCAAGAACGGACACGAAGGACCUCCAGGACAACCAGGACCAGCAGGAGAACAGGGUCCAAUAGGACCACCGGGAGACCUGGGCCCAGCGGGACCAGCAGGACCAAAAGGGGACAGGGGUCUCAUCGGAGCACCUGGACCACCUGGAGACUUUAGCGUUGGAGUUCCAGGAGACAAGGGUGAAAUGGGCCUUCGUGGAAGACCAGGUCCCACAGGUCCAGUUGGGAUGGGAGAACAAGGACAGCCAGGGCUACCAGGACCACCAGGACCACAGGGAAACCCCGGACCACCUGGAGAAGGGUUACCAGGGCCAAAGGGAGAUAAAGGAUUUGGUGGUCCACGAGGGAGUCGUGGGCCUCCUGGCAUUGGGGUCAAAGGUGACAAGGGAAAUCAAGGGUCGAAAGGAGCUCAAGGUCCAGCUGGUUAUCCUGGGCAGGGAUAUCAAGGAGAAAAGGGAAAACAGGGCCCAGCUGGACCUCCAGGACUCAGGGGUAUUCCAGGUGUUGGUUUACAAGGACCAAAGGGGACUCAAGGGCCACCAGGUGAGCAAGGACUUCAGGGUGAGAGAGGAGUUGGAGCACCAGGACCCAAAGGUGACCCUGGAGCUCAGGGUUUACCGGGAACAUCAGGUCUACCGGGAAAUGAUGGAACUCCAGGACAGAAGGGUGACACCGGGUCGCCAGGACCCAGGGGACUCAAUGGCACUCCAGGUAAAGGAGCUCCAGGGGAUAAGGGAGACAAAGGAAGCAUUGGGGUCAGAGGUCAGCCAGGGUCACCUGGUUUAAUGGGGCCACCGGGGCCAAAGGGGGAACCAGGAAAAAUUGGACUUCAGGGACCAAGUGGACCUCUGGGCAGAGGGAUUCCUGGUCCCAAAGGAGAAAUGGGUCCACCAGGACCAGUUGGACCCAUGGGAGAGCCGGGGAUUGGUUUACCUGGACCCAAGGGGGAUUUAGGCUCGACUGGAUCUCCUGGGUUACCUGGACUGAAAGGUGAAGGGUUCCCCGGCCCCCCAGGACUUCCAGGACUUCCUGGUGUUCAAGGAGAAAUUGGUCCUGAAGGCAUCGGUUUACCGGGACCAAAGGGAGACAGAGGCUUGCCUGGACCCCCGGGACCUGCUGGACCUCCAGGAAUUGGUCAAAUGGGUCCAAAGGGUUCAGUGGGUCUGACAGGACCAACUGGUCCUCCUGGGUUACCUGGAGAAGGUAUACAAGGCCAAAAGGGGGAACCUGGAUUGGAGGGGAUUACUGGACCCAAAGGUCUACCAGGACAAGGCCUGCAGGGAGACAAAGGGGACCAAGGGUCGAGAGGUGUACCGGGGAAAACCGGAGACAGAGGCCCGCCAGGAAUGUCAGGAAAAGUCGGAGAUGCGGGCAGAGGAGGUCAAAAGGGAGAACCUGGACUCACAAAAGAUGAGAUCAUCAGCAUGAUCAGAUCUAUUUGCAAUUGCGUGGUGGCCUGCAGCCAAUCGCCUUUAGAGCUCGUCUUUGUGAUUGACAGCUCCAGGAGGGUUGGCCCUGAGAACUUUAACAUGAUCAAAGACUUUGUGAACACCAUGGUGGACCGAGUCUUAGUGAGCCCGGACGCCAAGCGGAUCGCCGUAGUCCUCUACAGCUACACGAACGAGGUGGUGGUCAGCCUCCAGCAGGAGGCCUCCACUGAUGAGAUCAAAUCUGCUGUGAGCUCCAUGAACUACCUGGGGGAGGGCACCUACACCAGCAGCGCCAUUAAGACGGCCAGCCAGGUGUUCCACUCGGCUCGGGCAGGUGUGAGGAAGGUGGCCAUCCUCAUCACAGAUGGACUGGCUGAUAAAAGUGACUCAGUCAGUCUGGAGAGAGCGGUGACGGACGCUAAACGGAGUGAAAUUGAGAUGUUUGUCGUCGGGGUGAUGGACAAGAGGAAUCCUGAGUUUGAGAAGUUCAAGAAGGAGCUCAUCUUCAUCUCCUCCUACCCUUCCACAGACUACACAUUCCUGAUCGAAGAGUUAAAAACCCUCCAAGUUCUUGAGAAAAACCUGCUGACUUGCAUCUUAGAGGACGGGAAGAAUAAUUUGUUCGAUUCGAUCCCGAGUUCUGUACUUCUUCCAGGGAUACCAGACGUCUCCAUCAGCAAUCUGUAUGAGACGGGCGCAGUCGUGUCUCAGUUCAUAGAGGAAUCCAGGAGGACUUGGGUGCCUCAUCUUCUACCAUCCCGGCCUGACAGGGCCAUCGGGCCAACUGGUCCCAUUCUGACGACGCCCAGUAAAGAUCAGUUAGCAUCGUCUCCAGCCACCCCGACCCUUCUGCCCUUAGACUUCCACACAUCCGCAGACGGCUGCAGCGAGACCCCGGAUCCAGGACCAUGUUUGGACUACGAGAUAAAGUGGUACUACGAUGAAACCUCAAACAGCUGUGCUCGAUUCUGGUUUGGAGGUUGCUUUGGGAACAGAAACCGGUUUGAAAGUGAGAGGGAGUGUAAAGAAACAUGCAUAGUUUGAUCCGUUCUUUAGUAAUGAAACGUUUUUAAUAUGCUGUAAAGAUUGUUAACUAAAAUAGAACUGAAAUAAAAUGUUCUCAACAGUG